AUGCAUGCUGCCAUCUGCUUUCUCAUUUUUGUGUUGCUAGCUCUCCUCCAAAUCAAAUAUCAAAACAAAGGAACGUCCCCUUUUGAGGCACACGGUACCAUUAUAUUGCUUUUCAUUGUGUCCUCCUUUGUCUACUCGAUGGCUUUGCUUGCUUUCAUAGCUCUACUACUACGAGCCCACCAGCAGCAGUUGGAAACACUUUGUUUCGUCACAGUUCUUAAGCACAUUUCUCUCGUUUCUGGAGCUCUUACUUGCGAUUUACUCCUCUUGAUACUCUGCCCUGCCUUUGGAUACUUUGUGUUGAUCUUUUGUGGAGCUGUCAUACUUGUGAGGGCACUCCUUGGAUCCUACCAGCAAAUUCUUGGUCGGUUGCUAGAAGUUGCAGCCAUCGCAGCAAUAGCAAGAGACCUGAUCAUGCAUUUUUUCCAUGGAUCAAGUCUGCAGGAGGCUCAUAAUCAGGCAUAUAGCAUGAUUUCUCAAUCAAUUACCAAUGUUUUUACAAAUCACAACUCGACUGAUCAAGGUGGUGGGGAUCACACUACAAUUCAAAUUGUUAGUGUGUAA